AUGGUUUCCAAUAUUCCAUUCCUUAUUUCCACUAUCUGGGCACUUCAGUACGCUUACCUCCGCACCUCUAGACAGCUGCGACUACUAGAACUCGAAGUCAGAGUCCCCUGUACGCGUGCUUUCUGGAAACCGUCCACGGUCGCGCCACCAUUUGGGCGUUUGAUAUGGGAAUCGCGAUUCAGACUACAGAACAACGACUUGACGAUUCUUAGAGACUUCAUUAUCUCUUGUACUGUAGCAGAGGCGGUUAAACCUCGUUUUGGCCUUAUAGUUGGCGCCCAGGUUGUCCUCGUCGUGAGGCUUGCUGUUGGGCUGCGAUGUUCGACCAGUGCCGGUCCUGGUGUCUCUUUGAACAAUACACUAAGUACAUCCAUUACUUUGAUUGGCAAGUGUGGUGGCUAUGUCGUUGUUUCACUAACAAAAUGCUGCGACCUUCAGCGCCGUCCUUUCAUCGCUUAUAUCUGCCUGGACGACGCUGGAAACUUCACUCAAUUCGGCUUCGAGGUUGAUGACUUUCGAGGCCAAAGCGAAUCAUAA